GCCUGAAAGGGGCCAUGACCGCGCGGGGGCCGCGGCCGCCGCCAGGGCCGGAGCGGGGCGAGACCGGCAGCCGGAUUUUGGAUGGGCCCAGCCCCCCCCGGCCAUGGGGCAGAGCGAGUCGCAGCAGGAGGCCGAGGGCUCGGUGCUGAGGGGGCUCCUGGCCGUCUUCAGCCGGGAGCGGCUCCCGACGCAUGUGGUGCUGGGCACCCUCCUGACCCUCUGCGUCACCGUCAUGGCCGUGGCCGUGGUGGGCUGGUGGCUGCGCCACAAGAAGGUGCCCGCACAGGAGCCACCACGCUACCGCUUCCGCAAGAGGGACAAGGUCCUGUUCUACAGCCGCAAGAUCAUGCGUAAGGUGUCCCAGUCCACGUCAUCGCUGGUGGAUGUCACCCCGGCCAGUGGCACCGCGCGGCCCCGCACCCGCAAGAAGCUCAAGAUGCUCAGCAUCGCCAAGAAGGUCUCGGCCAGCUUCCUGCGCAUCCAGAAGGAGCCGCCCACGCUGCAGCUGAAGGAGCCGCCGCCCUCGGUGCUGGAGGCCGACCUGACCGAGUUCGAUGUGGCCUCGUCUCACCUGCCCUCCGAGGUGCUCUACAUGCUCAAGAACGUCCGGGUGCUGGGGCACUUUGAGAAGCUGCUGUUCCUGGAGCUGUGCAAGCACAUGGUGUUCCAGCAGUGCCAGCAGGGCGAGGACGUGUUCCGCCCUGGCCAGCCCGACAGCAGCAUCUACGUCCUGCAGGAGGGCAAGCUGGAGCUGCUGCUCACCGAGGCGGAUGGGAAGGAGACGGUGAUGAAGGAGGUGUUCCCUGGGGAUAGCGUCCACAGCCUGCUCAGCAUCCUCGACGUCAUCACGGGCCACCAGCGGCCGUACCGCACGGUGUGUGCCCGCGCCGCCGAGGACUCCACAGUGCUGCGCCUGCCGGUCGAGGCCUUCUCAGCCGUCUUUGAGAAGUACCCCGAGAGCCUGGUCAGGGUGGUGCAGAUCAUCAUGGUGCGGCUGCAGCGCGUCACCUUCCUGGCCCUGCACAACUACCUGGGCUUGACCAACGAGCUCUUCAGCCACGACAUGCAGCCCCUGCGGCUCUUCCAUCAGCCCGGCCACGCCGCCCGCACCAGCCCCGUCCGGCACAGCAAGCGCAGCCUGGGCAGCACCGACGAGGGCCGGGACACUGCUGAGCUGAUGAAAGCCAAUGGCCUGGAGACACCAGCACCGCCGCCGCUGCUGAGCCGCUGCAUCUCCAUGCCCGUGGACAUCUCUGGCAUCCAGAAGGCUCCGCGCUCCGACUUCGACAUGGCCUACGAGCGCGGGCGCAUCUCGGUGUCCCUGCAGGAGGACAGCACCGGUGCCUUCGGGCAGAUCCCCCCCCAGGUGUCUCAGGAGCCCAAGGAGCGCAAGUCUGUGACGCUGGAGGAGCAGCCCUCGGGGGUCUACCACUACAGCUCCUACGAGGAGGACACAGCCUCGGGGACAGGGAUGGGGCCGGGGCCGGGGCCGUGUCCCUUCCAGGGCCACCAGACCAGCGACGUCUUCGAGGAGGCCAAGCGGGAGCUCAUCAAGCUCAUGAAGAUCGAGGACCCUUCUCUCCUCAACAACCGCGUCCUGCUCCACCACGCCAAGGGCGGCACGGUCAUCGCCCGCCAGGGUGACCAGGACGUGAGCCUGCACUUUGUGCUCUGGGGGUGCCUGCACGUGUACCAGCGCAUGAUCGACAAGGAGGAGGACGUGUGCCUGUUCCUGACACAGCCUGGACAGCUGGUGGGACAGCUGGCUGUGCUCACUGGAGAACCCCUCAUCUUCACCAUCAAGGCCAACCGUGACUGCACCUUCCUCAAGAUCUCCAAGUCUGACUUCUACGAGAUCAUGCGGGAGCAGCCCAGCGUGGUGCUGAGCGUGGCCCACACCGUGGCCGCCCGCAUGUCGCCCUUCGUGCGCCAGAUGGACUUUGCCAUCGACUGGAUGGCCGUGGAGGCCGGCCGGGCACUCUACAGGCAGGGGGACAAGUCGGACUGCACCUACAUCGUGCUCAACGGGCGGCUGCGCUCGGUCAUCCAGAAGGGUAGCGGCAAGAAGGAGCUGGUGGGCGAGUAUGGCCGCGGUGACCUCGUGGGCGUGGUGGAGGCGCUGACGCGGCAGCCCCGGGCCACCACGGUGCACGCGGUGAGGGACACGGAGCUGGCCAAGCUGCCCGAGGGGACCCUCAACAACAUCAAGCGCCGAUACCCACAGGUGGUCACCCGCCUCAUCCACCUCCUGAGCCAGAAGAUCUUGGGGAACCUCCAGCAGCUCCGCGGGCCCUUCACAGGGCCUGGCCUGGGCACCUCCAGCUCGGAGCCCAUCAACCCCACCAGCAACCUGUCCACGGUGGCCGUGCUGCCUGUGUGUGACGAGGUGCCCAUGGCGGCCUUCACGCUGGAGCUGCAGCACGCGCUCAAUGCCAUUGGCCCCACGCUGCUCCUCACCAGCGACAUCAUCCGCGCCCGCCUGGGCUCCUCAGCUCUGGAGAGCAUCCAGGAGUACCGGCUGUCCGGCUGGCUGGCGCAGCAGGAGGACCUGCACCGCAUCGUGCUCUACCAGACGGACUGCACGCUGACCCCCUGGACGCUGCGCUGCAUCCGCCAGGCCGACUGCGUGCUCAUCGUGGGGCUGGGUGACCAGGAGCCGGCCCUGGGAGAGCUGGAGCAGAUGCUGGAGAACACUGCGGUGCGGGCACUGAAGCAGCUGGUGCUGCUGCACCGCGAGGACGGCACCGGCCCGGCGCGCACGGUCGAGUGGCUCAACAUGCGCACCUGGUGCUCGGGCCACCUGCACCUCCGCUGCCCCCGCCGCGUCUUCUCGCGCCGCAGCCCAACCAAGCUGCGGGAGAUGUACGAGAAGGUGUUUGAGAAGAGCGCCGACCGGCACAGCGACUUCUCGCGCCUGGCGCGCGUCCUGACCGGCAACACCAUCGCCCUGGUGCUGGGUGGCGGCGGCGCCAGGGGCUGCUCGCACAUCGGGGUCAUCAAGGCCAUGGAGGAGUCGGGGAUCCCCAUCGACCUCGUGGGGGGCACCUCCAUCGGCGCCUUCAUCGGUGCGCUCUACGCCGAGGAGCGCAGCGCCGUGCGCACCAAGCAGCGCGCCCGCGAGUGGGCCAGGUGCAUGAAUUCUAUUUUUGAGACCGUGCUGGACCUCACCUACCCCAUCACCUCCAUGUUCUCGGGCUCGGCCUUCAACGCCAGCAUCAACCAAGUAUUCCAGGACAAACAGAUCGAGGACCUGUGGCUGCCCUACUUCAAUGUCACCACGGACAUCACGGCCUCGGCCAUGCGGGUGCACACGGACGGCAGCCUCUGGCGCUACGUCCGAGCCAGUGCCUCCUAUACCCCCUACCUGCCUCCGCUCUGCGACCCCAAGGACAGCCACUGGCUGGUGGACGGCUGCUAUGUUAACAAUGUCCCAGCCGACAUUGCGCGCAACAUGGGCGCCAAGACGGUGAUCGCCAUUGACGUGGGCAGCCAGGACGAGACUGACCUGUGCAACUACGGCGACUCCCUGUCCGGAUGGUGGCUGCUCUGGAAGCGCCUCAACCCCUGGGCCAAGAAGGUCAAGGUGCCGGACAUGGCGGAGAUCCAGUCGCGCCUGGCCUACGUGUCCUGCGUGCGGCAGCUCGAGGUGGUCAAGUCCAGCUCUUACUGUGAGUACAUCCGGCCACCCAUUGACCGCUUCAAGACCAUGGACUUCGGCAAGUUCGACGAGAUCUACGAUGUGGGGUACCAGCAUGGCAAGUUGGUGUUUGAGGGCUGGAGCCGCGGGGAUGUCAUCGAGAAGAUGGUCCAGGACCGGCGCUCGGCCGACUUCUACGAGAGCAAACGCAUGGACGUGCUCACCUGUCCGAGCGCCGGUUUCACAGACCUGGCUGAGAUCGUGUCACGCAUCGAGCCCGCCAAGUCCCACCUGUCCGAGAACUACUGCGACGAGGAGUCCGAUUACCUGACCGAGUACGAGGACGAGGGCCCGGAGUCGCUGCGGGGCGAGGAGGACGCGGCCGAGUGGGGCAGCGCCGAGACCGAGGAGGAGAAGUCCCUUCGGCACCGCCCGAGCACGGCCGAGAGCCCCUCGCCCCCCUCCGCAGACCCCGACAGCUUCUGAGGGACCCUCGAUGUCCCCUCAGUGUCCCCUCCCCUGCCUGGGGGGCUCUGGGGGGACCCCCAAUGUCCCUUAUGUCCCCUCCCACCCCCCGGGGGUCCCUGCCCCGCCCCCCCGUUCUGGCACUUUCCCACGGGGCCCAGGACCCCCAAUGUCCUCCCGGUGUCCCCCCCCUGCCUGGGGGGCCCCUGGGGGGAUCCUUGAUGUCCCCUCAGUGUCCCCAAUGUCCCCACCCUAACUGGGGGACCCUGGGGUGACACGGGGGGUCUCGGGCCCCCAAUGUCCUCUCAGUGUCCCCAGUGUCCCCUCCCCUGCCCAGGGGACCCUGGGGUGACACGGGGGGGUCUCGGGCCCCCAAUGUCCCCUCAGUGUCCCCAAUGUCCCCACCCUGCCCGGAGGACCCUGGGGUGACACGGGGGGUCUUGGGCCCCCCAAUGUCCCCUCAGUGUCCCCAAUGUCCCCACCCUGCCCGGAGGACCCUGGGGUGACAUGGGGGGGGUCCCGGGACCCUCGAUGUCCCCCCGGUGUCCCUAGUGUCCCCCUCCCCCUGCACUGUUGCACUGUCCCACCCCCCCGGCCGGCCACGGGGGGGCGCUGCUGUAAAUUUUCAAUUUUUGUUGUUUUUUUUUUUUUUUUUUUUAACGGUUCUUACGGAAAUCCAGGCCGGCUGGAUGGGAAUUGGUUAAUUAUCGGUUAAUUAUUGAUUAAUUAUUGGUUAAUUAUUGAUUGA